AUGACUUUCAAACAAGAUGCUAGAGCCGCAUUUAAAGGCUUAUCGAUCACAGAUAAAUUGUUGCCAUUAUUAAUUGUUCUUGCUAUAGUUAUUGGUGUUAUAAUAUCAGUAUAUGUACCAGGGAGCAGUGAAGCGUUUAAUGGUACCAAAGUUGUUGGUGUUUCUGUACCAUUAGCCAUAGGAUUGAUAAUUAUGAUGAUUCCUCCAUUAUGUAAAGUGGAAUGGGAACAUUUCCACAAGUUUUUCAACAAGAGUACUUAUCUCAGACCUAUUUUGAUUUCGCUUGUUUUGAACUGGAUUAUAUGUCCUUUUAUUAUGUUUGGGUUAGCUUGGAUGGUGUUAUUCAACUAUGACGAAUAUAGAACUGGUAUAAUUAUGAUUGGAUUAGCGCGAUGUAUUGCUAUGGUAUUGUUGUGGAAUGACAUUGCCUUAGGCGAUAACACACUUUGUGCUGUUAUUGUUCUUAUUAACAGUUUGUUGCAAGUUGUUUUGUAUGCACCUUAUCAAUUGUUUUUCUGCUAUGUGAUAACUGGUGAUCCUAUCCCAAUAGACUCUGGUGUGUCGUACUCGAUAGUUGCAAAGAGUGUUGCCUUCUUCUUGGGGGUGCCACUUGGUCUUGGUGUGAUUGUUAGAUUUGCAUUAUUAUACUUUAAGGUUUACGAUAAGUUAAUUAGAUUUAUUAGUCCUUGGGCUUUAAUUGGAUUGUUGUACACGAUCAUCGUUAUUUUCAUUGAUAAAGGUAAAGAGUUUAUUGAAGAGGUUGGAACUGCCUUCCUUUGCUUUAUUCCUUUGACUUUAUACUUUUUGAUUUCUUGGUUCACGACAUUUUUUGUUUUGAGAUGGUUUUCCAAGGCUCCAAAGUUGGAGGACGAGGAUACUAGAUUGUUAUGUGGAUGUGAAGAGAAAAUUGAAAAGUACCCUAAAAAAUGGCGGAGAGGGUGCAGUGCCAAUUAUUCUGAAAUUACAACGCAAAGUUUUACUGCUGCUUCUAAUAACUUUGAAUUAUCGCUUGCUGUUGCAAUUUCAAUUUAUGGUUCAGGAAGUAAACAAGCAAUUGCUGCAACUUUUGGACCAUUGUUAGAAGUGCCAAUAUUGUUGAUACUAACGUUUGUUGCUAGAUACUUGAGAACUAAAUUUAUCUGGUCAGAUGUCGAAGAGCUAGAUGAUGAAAUUCGCCGUUAG